CGAAUAUAGAACUUCUCUAAUCUUAGUUUGGUUGUAACUAUUGCAAAUGCAAGCCGGGAUAGCCCUCUGCACUCAGGCUUACAGUUAUCAGGUGCAUGGAACGGGGGCAAUAGCUAUAUAGUUUUACGAGGAUAGCUGCAGUGUACUAGAUAACUGCCUAUCGGGAUAUAUCUAAAGGCUUUUUUUCGCGCAUCCAUAAGCGGCCAUUUUGCCUUUCUUUCUUUUCUUUUUUGUAAUUAUUGAGUGAGAAUGGGACAGGAUUUAAUUUCACUGAUUGCAUCGGUUUCAUCUAAAGGGUGACUGGAUGAUGGGAUAGUGAUGAAGCCCAAUCGGUGGGGAAAUAUGCACCCCCUGCCCAGCUUCUCUUUUCCUUUCCUUUUUAUUUUCUUUUUCUUCUUCCUCUUCAUAUGUUUCCACUCAACCCGUGCCCAGCUUCUGACAGAUUCUAGAGCAGGGCAACGCUUGCUGCUCUUCACUCAGCCUGCAUAUAAUGUGUCCAUUUUUGAGAACUCUGCUGCAAGAACCUAUACCAGAAGUGAGGCCAAAAUGGGCAUCAUUCUCGGGCCACCUUGGUCUUUUGAGAUAAAAUACUCCAUUGUGUCGGGAGACAGCGAAGACAUCUUUCAGGCUGAAGAUUUUGUAAUGGGAGAUUUUUGUUUUCUCCGCAUAUGCACUAAUGGAGGUAGUGGUGCUAUACUGAAUCGGGAAGUACAGGACAAUUACACUCUGACAGUUAAGGCCUCGGCCCCAGGAGGCCUAGAGGCUUUAACCACUGUUUAUAUCAGGGUCUUGGAUACAAAUGACCUUCGACCUCUCUUUUCCCCAACUUCCUAUGCAUUUGUUGUUUCUGAGAGUGCCCCUCUGGGUGCCAGCAUAGGACGUGUGACAGCCACAGAUGCUGACGUAGGCUCGAAUGGAGAGUUUUACUACUUUUUCAAGAAUAAAAUAGAUCUUUUUGCUGUUCAUCCGACGAGCGGGGUCAUCACCCUGACUGGUCGACCAAGGAUGGACAAACAGGACCGAUUUGAGCUGGAGGUACAGGUGGUUGACAGAGGGAUGAAACUCUAUGGGAACAGUGGUAUCAGCAGCACAGCAAGGCUUGUACUAACUGUGCAGCGAGUAAAUGAAUUUGCUCCCGUUCUUAGUGCAGUUGCUGUUCUUCCAUCGUGGGAGGAAAAGAACCCAGUGUAUGCAGUAAUUAAUGUGGAGGACAAAGAUGAAGGGGUAUCCGGGGAUAUAGAGUGGGUGUCCAUCAUUGAGGGGGAUCCCUUCGAGCAGUUUGUGGUUGAUCGUUCGCCUGUUGGGAACGAGUACAGAGUUAAAACGUCGGAAGCUGUCAGCUGGGAUACAUUCCCCUAUGGCUGCAACUUAACAUUUCAGGCCAAGGACAGAGGUAUGCCUCCCAAGUUUUCUAAUACCCAAAUUGUUCAGUUGUUGGUUACAAAACCAGACGCAGUGAUGGCGAGUUUCGAAAAAGAUGUUUAUGUAGUCACGCUGAGUGAAAUCGCUCCCCCAGGCUCUGUUAUAGAGGUGGUGAAAAUAUCCCCAGCUCCUCUGAGAGUCAAUUACAGCUUCAGCAACCCUUCAGAUCCAAUGUACUUUGAUAUAAACCCUUUGACUGGAGUUAUUAUGACCACCAGGCAGCUUACAAGGAUAUCACAGGAUUUCAUGGUGAUGGAGGUAGUUGAUAUGAUAAGUGAGCAGCGAACAAGUGUCCAAAUUCAAAUCGAGGAUGCUAAUGACAACUCUCCAGUGUUCAACAAGCCAUUCUACAAUAUUGCCGUCAACGAGAGCGUACCUGUAGGUACUGUUGUCCUUGUGGUUUCUGCUGUGGAUGAUGAUAAAGGGGAGAAUGGGUAUGUAAGUCACACAAUUAGUGGUGAACAGUCUCUUCCAUUUAGCAUAGACCAGAAAACAGGGGAGGUGAGAAUUACUAGAGAUCUGGACUUUGAAUCAUCAGAUGAUAUCUACACUUUUGCAGUGCGUGCCUCUGACUGGGGUUCACCCUACAGAAGGGAGAGUGAGGUUAAUAUCACCAUACGUGUAAUUAAUAUCAACGACAAUCAGCCUCUUUUUGAGAAGGUUUCUUGCAGAGGGAUGAUAAGCCGUGAUUUCCCCGUCAACCAGACUGUUGUCACCUUGUCAGCAAUUGACAUGGAUGAGCUAGGACUAGUUGAGUACAAGAUACUCUCUGGGAAUGAGUUAGAUUAUUUUAACUUAAAUCCAGACUCUGGGGCUUUGUCACUGAAAAGAUCGUUAGCAGUAGAUAGUUUAAAAAGUGGGGUAUUCAACCUCAAAGUUGUUGCAACAGAUGGGGAGAUGUUCUCUGAUCCUACAUUUGUGAAUAUAUCAGUGGUGAGGGGUAGGAUUCCCCCCAGAGGGUUCAACUGCAAGGACACAAGGGUAGCCCAGCUUUUGGCAGAAAAAAUGCUCUCAAAGGCAUCUGCUAUGGCUAGACCGAGACCAGAUGAGAGCUACACAGAUAUUUUCUCUACAAACAAACAGCCUCCACAGUUUGAAGCCUUGCCUACAAGCAUUCUUGUGAGAGAAGACCUCAUUCCCGGUGCCAGUGUAUUUCAGGUGCGAGCACGAGAUGGUGACACAGGCUUUAAUGGCCGCGUUCUCUUUUCCAUUUCUGAUGGUAACAAAGAAAACUGCUUCAAUAUUAACAUGGAGAGUGGGCUGAUAACUAUACUGCGGCCACUUGACCGUGAACGAGUGGAUCGUUACUUCCUUAAUAUCACCAUCUAUGAUCAGGGCAUUCCUCAGAUGUCCGGUUGGAGAUUACUGACAGUGAUCAUUGAGGAUACAAAUGACAAUGACCCUCAGUUUUAUCAGGACAGCUACUCUGCCCUUGUUUCAGAAAACUCAGCCAUUGGCAUGGAAGUUAUAACCAUCACUGCAUUUGACAGAGACAUGGGUCAAAAUGGACAGCUCUCCUAUAUAAUGCUCACCAGUGUUCCUCAGUUUGGUAUUGACAGUGAAACUGGAAGUGUAUUUGUUGCUAGCCAGCUGGAUAGAGAAACAUUUCCAAUAUUCAUAUUGAAGAUUGAAGUCAGAGACAUGGCUGAAAGAGGCACUCGAAGGUCCUCAGUGACUACUCUAAGUAUAAUCUUGGAGGAUGUCAAUGAUUGCUCUCCAGCUUUCAUCCCUACCAGCUAUAGUGCUCGAGUACUAGAGGAUCUCCCGCCAGGGACUGUGAUUACCUGGGUGCAGGCUCAGGACCCAGACAUCGGACCUGGAGGACAAGUUCGAUAUUCCUUAAUCAAUGACUUUAAUGGCACUUUUGAGAUCGGUCCUAUAAGUGGGGUAUUGAGAAUUAGAAAGGAGUUGGACUUUGAGAAACAACAGUUUUUCAACCUGACGUUGCUUGCUGAAGACAGAGGAAUCCCCAGCCUUAGGAGCCAGACUUUUGUGGAGUUAGAGGUGGUGGAUGUCAGUGAGAAUUUGUAUGCGCCUUACUUCUCGGACUUUGCUGUGAGGGGCUCAGUGAAGGAGAACUCUCGUGCAGGAACAAGUGUCCUGACUGUCAACGCUAAAGAUGACGACAAGGGACGGGAUGGUGUGCUGAAGUACUCUAUCCAAGGAGGCAGCGGCCUGGGCACUUUCACCAUUGACGAAGACACAGGGGUGAUUUACACUUCUGGUAUCCUGGACUGUGAGACCAAAGACUCCUACUGGCUGACUGUCUGUGCCGUGGACAGGGGGGUUCCACCUCUGUCAGCUUCUGUUGAAGUCUUCAUCCAGGUAGAAGAUGUCAAUGAUAAUGCUCCCCUCACCUCAGAUCCUAUCUACCACCCGACUAUCAUGGAAAACUCUCCAAAGGAUGUGUCAGUCAUUCGUAUUCAGGCGCAAGACCCCGAUCUUACUGCUAUACCCAGUCGUCUGAGUUAUCGCAUUACUGCCGGCAACCCGCAGAAUUUCUUCUCUAUUAAUCCAAAAACAGGUCUUAUCACAACAACAGCGAGGAAACUGGACAGAGAGCAACAAGCUGAACACUUUUUAGAGAUUACAGUAAUAGAUGGCCCGGUGACCACCCGCCAAUCUACUGUGUGGGUCAUAGUUCACGUCCAGGAUGAGAACGACAACCCGCCCACCUUCCCAGAGGUCACCUACCGCAUCAGCUUGCCCGAGCGAGACAGAAACAAACGCGGGGAACCCGUGUACCGUGUCUUCGCUUACGACCGUGAUUAUGGCGCCAAUGGCAACAUCACCUACAGCAUCAUUAGCGGUAAUGAGGACGAAAAGUUCAGUAUCGACCCCAGGACUGCUAUGGUGUCGUCAAAGAAGAUGGUGACAGCAGGCAGCUAUGACAUCCUCACUAUAAAAGCGGAGGACAGUGGCGAUCCGCCAUUAUGGUCUACUGUUAAACUUCAUGUAGAGUGGAUUCGUAAACCUGCCCCCUCACCAGUGCCCCUACUGUUCACCCAGCGGUACUACAAUUUCUCCAUUUCGGAGACAGCUACUGUUGCCCAGCCAGUGGGAGUCGUGGCUAUCAGCCAGUCCAGCACACCUGUCUGGUUCACUAUCAUCGGCGGGCGCCCUGCCAGAGAAAUGUUCUACAUUCCUCAGAAUGCAUGUGGAAGAAACUGCUCGCUUGACACAGGGAGCUUUGACAUGCAGUUUGACCUCCAACUGGGGGUGGGGACUCUAGUCGUGGCCAAGCCCCUUGAUGCGGAGGUGCAGUCUGUGUACAACAUGACGGUACAGGUGACAGAUGGGACCAACUUUGCCACAGCACAGGUGUUCAUUCGAAUACAGGACAGCAACGACAACCCUCCAGUUUUUUCUCUGCCAGCUUAUGAUAUCAGCGUAUCUGAGGACAUACCAGUUGACAUGGAGCUGCUGCGGGUCAGAGCAUCAGACAUUGAUGAGCGUGCCCGUUUGAGCUUCUCCAUCUAUGGCAGCGUAGACCCGGCCAGUAUGAGGCUGUUUAGGGUCAAUCCUGGCACAGGAGUCGUCUACACCGCAGACAGGCUCGACUAUGAAGCCCGGACACAGCACAUCCUCACUAUUAUGGUCAAGGAUCAGGAGUUUCCAUUUAACCGUGACCUGGCUCGUAUCCUGGUGGCAGUGGAAGAUUCCAAUGAUAACAUUCCCUACUUCACCAGCACCGUAUACGAUGCUACGGCCUACGAGACUUUUUCUGUAGGCACGUCUGUAGUGCAGGUGACGGCUCUAGACAAAGACAAUGGGCUUAAUGGGCAGCUCACCUAUACUAUAGAAGCAGGUAACACCGGUGGUGUGUUUGGUAUUGAUAAUACCACGGGCCUUAUCUUCAUUGCCAAGGAACUGGACCUCACUUCUUUAGGCUUUUACACCCUCAGUGUGCGCGUCACAGACAGUGGAUUUCCCCCAUUAAUGGCCACCGCUUCAGUUCGCAUUUCCUUGAUCCUCUCAGACUUCUCCAAACCGAAAUUCUCUCAGAAGGAGUAUCAGGCUGAGAUUAUGGAGAACAGCAAAACUGGAACUUACGUGAUCACUGUUAGCGCCCUCAGCCGCUCAGCAAUCAUUUAUGACAUCACCAGAGGCAACGAGGAGCGCUGCUUCUUUAUUAACCACCAUACCGGUGUAAUCACUACACGCAAACCGCUGGACUUUGAGCAAACAACAUCUUACUUUCUAGUGGUGCGUGCCCUGAGCAUGGCUGGAGUGGAAGCCAGCACCUCCGUCAUCAUACAAGUAGUGGAUGUGAACGACAGCCCACCUGUAUUCCAACAAAUCAGGUAUGUCGGCGUAGUCAGCGAGGCUGCUCCAAUCAACAGUGUGGUCCUGGCAGAGGACGGUAACCCUUUGGUCAUCCAGGCAACUGAUAAGGAUCGCAACCACAAUGCCCUGUUAGUGUUCCAGAUCAUAGGCGAGACUGCUCGGAUGUUCUUCAGCGUGGACUCUGGGACUGGAUCGAUCCGAACGAUUGCCAGUCUGGACUAUGAAACCUUCUCUGAGUUCGUCUUUCGGGUUCAUGUUAGAGAUAGUGGCCAGCCUCCACGGGAUGCUGACAGCCCAGCAGAGGUACUUAUAAAGGUGAUCAACAUCAAUGACUCGCCCCCAAAGUUUUCCCAGGACACUUACGAGACAAUCCUCUUGUUGCCUACCUACAUGGGUGUAGAGGUCCUUAGGGUUAAGGCUCUUGACCCCGAUGUGACCUCUGACCCCACACUUAACCCUGACAAGUCUAUCACACCACAGCUACUUUACUCUUUGGUGGACAGCAAUGUGGAGUUCUUUUCUGUUGAGCCAUACACUGGAGUUGUGACCGUCAUCAAUCAGAACCUCAAUAAAGACCGUUAUCGCUUCAAUGUGAAGGUUUGGGAUGGACGUUUUUCCAGCAUGACAUUGGUCACGGUGCUUGUCCGAGAAGCUAUAGACAGCGGAAUUCUCUUCACCUUCCCAGUCUACUCUGCCUCCAUCCCCGAGAACAUACCCAAUAUCACCUUAGUGACUGUGGUGAGCACAGUUGGUCACCGCCUCAACGAGCCACUCAAGUACACUCUGCUGAACCCCGUUGGGCGCUUCAGCAUUCGGCCCACUUGUGGAGCAGUGUUCACUACCGGUGUGCCUUUUGACAGAGAGGAGAAGGACAGUUAUGAAUUGGUGGUGGAGGUCAGCAGGGAAGAUGAAAUAUUGAGGGUGGCUAGGGUGAUCGUGCAAGUACAGGUGGAGGAUGUAAACGACAACUCUCCACAGUUUGUGAAUCUUCCAUACUACGCUGUAGUGCAGGUAGAAGCACAGCCAGGAUCAAGUGUUUUCAGGGUCUCAGCUACUGACAAAGACUACAGUCGGAAUGGACAAGUGACGUACGGCCUUAAGGAGCAGCACAGAAACUUUCAAGUGCACCCUGUGACAGGAGAGCUGACCUUAAAGAGAGCCUUCGAGGCAGAUUUAUCUAACGCAGAGUACAAACUGAUCCUCGUGGCGACUGACGGUGGCUUCCCUCCUCUGUCCAGUGAGGUGGAGCUCCCUGUUAGUGUAGUAAAUAAAGCUAUGCCAGUAUUUGACAAGCCUUUUUAUGGUGUCACUGUCAAAGAGGAUGUGGAUGUCUCCACCUCUGUCUUGUGUAUCAAUGCCAGUAGUCCCGAGGGCCAGAGCGUCAUCUUCACCAUCACAGAUGGAGACCCUUCCCUCCAGUUUGACAUUGGCUUUGACACAGGAAUCAUCCGUGUGAUUUACCCGUUAGACUAUGAGACCACACAGUAUUACCGUUUAACGGUGAAGGCUACCGAUACACUGACCGGAGCUAAGUCGGAGGUCGAUGUGGACAUUGUCAUGCUGGACGUGAACGAUAACCCACCGCUGUUCCAGAACACCUCAUACUCAGCUGUGCUCUCUGAGAACUCCAUGAUUGGAACGCCCGUCUUACAGGUGUUUGCCCAAGACCAGGACACAGAAAAGAACGCCGUGGUGAGUUACCAGAUCCUAUCUGACAUCUACAACAGCACCGACUACUUCAGCAUCGACAGUAACAGCGGGCUGAUAUACACGGCACGUCUGCUCGACUAUGAGCUCAUCCAGCGCCACAACUUCAUUGUCAGGGCGACGGACAGCGGCGACCCUGCCCUUAGCAGUGAUGUUACUGUCUCCGUGACUGUAACUGACACCAAUGACAACCCACCUAAUUUCAGCCAAAUGCUGUACGAGGCCUUUGUCAGCGAGCUGGCUCCCAAAGGACACUUUGUGACUUGUGUUCAGGCAUCAGAUGCUGACAUCUGUGAUGCCAGUAGGCUGAGGUACAGUAUUCUCUCAGGAAAUGAGAAAAUGACUUUUAUGAUGGAGCCAGAUACGGGGGUGCUUCGUCUGUCUAACAAGAGGAGACAAGGCAUGAAACUCUCCUAUCAACUCAAUGUGUCUGUGUCGGAUGGAGUCUUCACCAGCACUGCUCAGGUGAUUGUACGCGUCCUGGGAGCUAACCUGUACAGCCCAGUAUUUAGCCAGAGGUUCUACUUGGCUGAGGUCCAGGAAAAUGCACCGGAAGGGUCAAAGGUCAUUCAGGUCCGCGCAACAGAUGAGGACUCGGGACUGUACGGACAGAUCACCUACUCGUUCAUCAACGACCUGGGGAAAACUCAGUUCACCAUUGAUGCAGAUGGGGUGAUUUCCACUGUUCAGAAAUUAGACCGAGAAAAUCCUUUCAACAGGGACAUGGUGCUAACUGUGAUGGCCCUGGAUGGUGGAGGCCGUGCAUCAUUUUGCACAGUACGGGUGGUUCUCGCAGAUGAGAAUGACAACGCCCCCCGGUUCAGAGCAGUGGAGUAUCGUAUGAGCAUUAAAGCAAAUGUUGCCAAAGGUUCGCUUGUCACUCAGAUCCAGGCCACUGACCCAGAUGCUGGGUCUAAUGGAAGGAUCACAUACUCACUUUACAGUGAGGCACGCCUAUCUCUGGUCGAUGUUCUGGAGGUGGAGCCAGACAGUGGGUGGAUGAUGACUAAAAGCACAGUGGACCACCUCCAGGGUACUGUGCUGUCCUUCUUUGUCAAAGCCACAGAUGGUGGUUCUCCGGCUAAGCACUCCCUGGUGUCCGCCUUCAUCCACGUAGUCCCUCCAGAUGCAUUCGUUCCCUCGUUCAGCCAGCCUCAGUACUCCUUCACCAUCCCUGAGGACACAGCGGUAGGAACCGCCCUGGGGUCUGUGUACAUGGGCGCUGGACAGACCGGGUUCUUUAGUGCAAUCGCAGGGGAGACGCUUGACAGCAACCAGGAGGGGACCUUCCUGGUGGAGAAGGAGACUGGUCUCAUCCGUCUGGUGAAACCGCUAGACUAUGAAGAGGUCAGCAUCUUCCGCUUUAAAGUUGCAGCAACAACAAGACGAGACCUGAUUGAGUCAGUCUCCACUGUAGAUCUGGAGGUUAAGAUCCUAGAUGUCAAUGACAACAAGCCGCUGUUUGAGACCAGCACCUAUGUAGCCACGGUGAUGGAGGGGAUGCCUGUGGGGACCAGAGUGGUCCAAGUGCGUGCUCUUGAUCCAGACUGGGGCUCUAAUGGGCAGGUAACCUACAGCCUUGGUCCUCUGCUCACCUACAAUCUAGACUUGACAAGGGAUGCCGGCUCCUUCUCCGGGCCUGUGUCUACCACUUCUGUCUUUGCCAUUGACAGUAAAACAGGUUGGAUCACCACAGUGAGUCAGAUGGACCACGAGGCCUGCUCCAGCUACAGCUUUGAAGUAGUAGCGUCUGAUCUGGCCGAGUUACUGCCUCUCUCCUCCACCACAGUGGUGACCAUCACUGUGUCAGACGUCAAUGACAACCCGCCACUGUUUGAGAGGGAGUUGUACCGAGGUGCCAUAAAGGAGAGCGAUCCCCUCGGUGAAGUGGUGGCCAUUCUGAAAACCAAAGAUCGAGAUGGCACGGAUCAAAACCGCCUCGUCAGCUUUUGCAUCACUGGGGGAAAUCCACGGGGAGUGUUCGGCCUGGCCCUUGUGCAGGGGGAGUGGAAGGUUUAUGUGAGUGGUCUGCUGGAUCGCGAGCAGCAGGACUGGUACCUGCUCAACAUCACUGCCAGCGAUGGCCUUUAUGUCGCUCACACCGCAGUGGAGGUUACAGUCAUGGAUGCAAAUGACAACAGACCCAUCUGCAACCAGGCCGUGUACAGCACCUCUUUUCCUGAGGACGUCCCCAUUAACAAGGGCAUUCUGAGAGUGGGUGCAACAGAUGCUGACUCAGGCUCCAGUGCUGAGAUCCAGUAUUCACUGUUUGGCAUUGGGGUUGAAGAUUUCUACAUGGAUGCAAACACUGGUGAGUUGCGUACAGCCAUUGUGAUGGACCGAGAAUUGGCCCCCAGUUACAAACUCAUCGCCCAGGCAACUGACGGGGGAGGCCUGUUCUGUCGCUCUGAUAUUUUUCUCAAAGUGUUAGAUGUGAAUGACAAUGCCCCCCUCUUCUCAUCCACUCAUUACCUGGCGAGCGUGUACGAGAAUGCUUCGCCUAAGGCUUUGCUCACCCGUCUACAAGCCAGCGACCCAGAUGAAGGUCUGAACCGUACAGUGCUGUAUUCUCUGGUGGACUCAGUGAAUGGGUUCUUCUCCAUCGACCCGGUAACUGGAGUAGUAGUUCUGGAGAAGUCUCUGGACAGAGAGAGCCGGGACUCCUAUCGUGUUCGUGUGCAGGCCACUGAUCGAGCUGGACAACAGGGGGCACUGUCCUCACAGGUUGAUUUGACCAUUUUAGUGCUGGAUGUGAAUGACAAUGCUCCAGUCUUCCAGAGAAGAGACUAUGCCGUAACUGUCCCCGAGGAUGUAGCCGUGGGAACCGAGGUGGUGCGAGUCCUGGCAACAAGCGCUGACAUCGGACCUAAUGCUGAGAUCACAUACAACAUCCGUUCGGGUAAUGAGUUAGGAAAGUUCACCAUAGACAGGAAAUGGGGUUCUAUUUCAGUGGCUGAUGAUUUGGACUUUGAGGUGUGUAAGGACUAUUACCUCACCAUCGAGGCCUGGGACAAUGGCAACCCUCCUCUUAGCACAGCUACAAUGGUAACCAUUGAACUUAUGGAUGUCAAUGACAACGCUCCAGCCUUCAGUCAGGACAUCUACAAUUUACUGGUCAGCGAGGAUGCAUCUGUUGGGCAGACAGUUACAAGGGUAGUGGCUGAAGAUCUGGAUAGCCAAGUGAAUGGGCGUAUCACCUACUCUAUCCUGAAAGGUGACCGAAACAACCACUUCUGGAUUGACCCUGUAGCAGGACUUCUCAAAGUCAACAAGAAGCUUGACAGAGAACUUGUGUCCAGGUACUCUUUGUCGGUACAGGCGUUUGACAGUGGCUCUCCUGCGAUGUCCUCCACAGUCACAAUCAACAUCGAUAUCUCUGACGUUAAUGAUAACCCCCCAGUUUUCAAUCCUCCCAACUCCACGGUGGUCAUACAGCUAAACCAAGCUGCUGGCACCACUCUGCUCCAGUUAUCAGUCAGCGACAAAGACUCCCCUAAAAAUGGUCCUCCCUUUGAGUUUUGGAUCAAGUCAGGAAAUGAGGGAAACUUCUUCUCCUUGGACCAGACUGGGACUCUGAGGUGUAACCGUGUGUUUGGCCCUGAAGCCCCCAGAGAAUUCACUCUUGAAAUCCAGGCAACUGAUUCUGGCAAGCCUAGUCUCUCCUCCUCUUCCUGGGUAUUUCUGAGGGUCAUUGGGAACAGUCAGUACAAGCCGACUGUCUCCCCUCUGGAGAUCUUCAUCGUCAUGGUCACGGAUACCUUUCCAGGUGGCCCGAUCGGUCGGAUCUCUGCAACUGACCGUGACCUGAGUGACGUUUUGUCAUUCACCCAGAAGCCUCAGCCCAAGAGCAUGUUUAAGGUCAACAGACAGGAUGGCAGCAUUGUAGCGCUGCCAGGCCUGGAACCUGGCAGGUACCAGAUGAACGCUACAGUGAGCGAUGGACGUUUUGCUGUCAUAGCUGACGUUUCCAUCCAGGUCGAACAGGUGACAGAUGUCAUGCUGCGUAGCGCUCUGACCUUACGUUUCAACUUGCUGUCCCCAGAGGACUUACUUAGUCGCUACCUUAGCCAAAUUAAGCUAACGUUACGGGGACUAGGCGGAUGGAAAUGGUCACCAGGGCAGCAGGAUCCUCUUCACAUACUCGGUGUACAGCCAGUGAUGGGGACAUCGGAUGUGGAUCUGCUUCUAGCCAUGGAGAGGCCAGAGACACCGGGCAGUGGACGCAUGGGUGUGUUCUACUCCCAGCAAGAGCUGUCUGCAAAGCUGGAGGAGGGGGCAGCACAGGGUCAGAUUCGUGGCGUGCUAGCUGGGGCUGUGGUGGUGAGCAGCGCUUGUUCUGGCGAGCUGGAGUGUGGGGAUAGAGUGUGUGAAAACACACUUGUGAUGGACGGGAGCUCGCCUGUCACCUACAGCACAGAGAGGGUCAGCUUGGUGUCGUCUACGUUCAGCCGCAAAGAGACCUGCACCUGUCCCGGAGGGACAUGCCCCACCCCUGUGGAGCUCUGUGAAGGUCAGUCCUGUCCAGCUGAUAUGCAGUGUGUGCGUUCUGGUCCUACUGCGCCAUCUGUCUGCCAGUGUCAGCCUGAGAGACUAGAUGACUGUGCAGGCCAGACCUCGCUGAGUUUCUCUGGAAACAGCUACAUCAAGUACAGAGUGACAGCGAGUGGCCAGAGUGGAGAGAUGAAGCUUGGCCUCAGGAUCAGAACACUUCAGAGAAGAGGAGUCAUUAUGUUCACACGGGUUAACCCCUGCACCAUGCUUAAGAUUGAAGGGGGUCGACUCUGGUUUCAGUUGGACUGUGACAACACCCUUGGCAUUAUGGGUAUCUCUGGCAGACCGAUAAAUGAUGGCCUUUGGCAUGCAGUUACUUUGGAGCUGACUAUGAACUACACUCUCCUGUCAUUGGAUGACAGCUAUGUGGAACGUCGCCGGGCGGCCAGAGCCCCGGUUCGUCUUUGGCCUUUGGCACCAGAUUCAUCAUUUUUCUUUGGGGCCCAAGUCAGGCCACUAAAUGGGCAAGGUGAGAAGCCAGGCCCUGGGUCAGCAAGAAGCCAGGGAGGGCCAGGGCUUGGAGAGCGUGGCGUAAGAGGCCCUCCAAGAGCUCAGGACGGCUUCCAGGGGUGCCUGGGCUCGCUGAUGCUGAACGGAAAUGAGCUGCCACUCCAGAAUAAAAGGAGCCGUUAUGCUGAGAUAGCAGGGCUCAGCGAGGUCAAACUGGGCUGCGUGCUUUAUCCAGAUCCAUGCGUCAGUCAGCCCUGCCUCAACGGAGCAAUCUGCAGUAGCCUUCCCUCUGGAGGUUUUAUGUGCACUUGCAGUGUUGGAUUCACUGGGGGGCGCUGUGAAAUUGAACUGACAUCCUGCAUGCCAAACCCCUGCCAGAAUGGUGGAGACUGCAAGCCUGUAGGCAGCGCAUUCCUCUGUGGCUGUCCUACUGGACUCGGGGGACUUACAUGUGACGGCGACGUCAACGAGUGUGACCAGGAAGCGUGCGGAAAUGGAGGAGAGUGCGUGAACACAUUCGGGUCAUUCUACUGUAACUGUUCAGAAGGGUACGAGGGUCAGCUGUGCGAUGAUCUGACGCCUGGUGAUCCUGGGGAUGACACACAGGCUGAGCCUCUGUCUUACGUCGGACCAGGAGAGAUAAUUGGCAUUGGCGUCCUUGCGUUUGUCAUCAUUUUCCUCCUCAUACUCUUCAUCGUCUUUAGGAAAAAAAUCAAAUUCAGGAAAGACUCAGAUCCAGGCCCCGGUAUUCAGACUGGGAUGGGCAUCUCGGCUAUCUCCACAGAAACUAGCUACAUGCUCCACAAGACUGGCAUGGGAGCAGAAGGGAUUGAGUUUAAAGCCGUUCGUGUAUCAGGCUCACCAGCGACCACAAGCACCUAUGGUGAGGUGGGAGGCAGCAGUGUGGGCCCUCCCCAGGUCAUGGUGCGCCCGACUGCCCACUCCCCUCUACCAGGAGGACUCAGUGGUGACAGGACCACUUCCAGUGAAGGCAGUCAGAUUAGCAGCUUCCUCUCAGACAUGUCUAAUGUCCGAGGAAUGGCCAAUAGGCGGGGCGUCGCAGUGUGCAGUGUGGCACCCAAUCUCCCUUCAGCAUCUGCUUGCCGCUCAGAGCAUAGCCCGGCCCACAAAGUGUCCUGGGAAGGCGAAGAAAUGAGGGAGAAAGAGCUGGAGAGGGCUAGAGAUGAGAGAGAGGAGGAGUGGGGGCAGAGAGCUUUUGAGCUGGAGAGAACACAGAGAGAUAACAGUCCACAGGACGUGUCGGAACUGGCGGACGGGCUGGGGUGUCUCUCAGACUCCACUUCUGAGGAGCACUCACUCAGCUCCUACACUUCAGAGUCCUUCGAUGACAACGCCUCCAUAGUGACAGUGAUACGUCUCGUCAAUGAUACUGUUGAUAACAUUGAAAGUGAAGUGUCAAACAUGGACAAAGAACAGCGGCGUAGCAGCCCUGCAUACCGCUGGGAGUCUUCCUGUCAGACUUCAAGCUGGGUGUCGCCAUCACGUCUGCGUCCACCUGAGGUAGGAUCCCAUUAUGAGCUUAAUGACACCCAGCAGAACAUCAGGCGCGGAGGCAGCACGCGCUCUCUGCAGCUGGACUACAGGGUGAUGGGCUACAGCGCGGACAAAAGCCGUGAGAGGACACAUGAAACUGGGAGGAGGACCUUUCAGUGGGAGAGGAAUCAGUCUGGAGAGUGGGAGAGAAAACACACCCCGGACAGAAAAGAAAAGAGAAGGUACAAGGAGGAAGGAAGGAAUAUGAACAUUAGGACCAAGGACAUGGAGGGACACCAGGACCAUGGAGAUCAGCAGCAGCAGCUGCAGGACCAAGACAGCUGUGACGACAGCUCCUCGCCCGUGUAUGAAGAAUACCAAGAGUCCAGCCAUGAUCUGGAACAAAAUGAAGACACAGAGAGCCUUUAUGAUACUCUACCCCCAACUCGGCGAGCCUAUGAAGGAUAUCCGUCCAGUCCCCCGGGGCUAAACCUGCACCCAGCUCAACUUAUGCCCCCCCUCAGGGCUUGGGACUUACAGACAGAGGAAUGGAGGGGAUCACGGGAAGACCAUGGAGGGCUUGGCUCUAAUAGUCUGGCAGGUUCUGGGGAUGAGUUAGAAAGACUACUGAACCUGGUGUCACUGAGAGCCAGGAGAGCCACACGAAUAAACAGAGCCUCUACCAGAUCUGAACCUGCAGCAGGCUGGGAUGGGCUGAAAUGAGCUCACGCUCAAGACUCAUUAAAACAAACAGAUUUUCUGUUCCUUUGCAAAUCACAGAGUGGCGGUGAUCCUCUCUGGUUACAGUUCACAUUUAUAAUCUACUCGAACAUUGGUCCACCACCUAAAAAAAAUAAUUGGACAAGAAUAUUAACAUACACACUUUUAUUAUCCGACAUUAUUAUCCUUGUGUAAACAAGCACUAAUCCACCACCAAUCCCCUGGCUCAUUUAUAAGCGGGAGGAAUAAGAGGAAAUAUACAUGUCUCUUCACACCUUCACCUGUGCUGCGAUUGGCUCUGAAUCAGUGCUUUUACAUGUAUUAUUUAGACUCACUGAAGCAGAACAUUUGGAGCUUGUUUUAGAUCGCGUACCCCUGUAUGUGCAAAUUUUCAAAUCAUGUAUUUCGUUCAUCGCUGUGUCGGAUCGCACAUGUACUGGCACACAAUUAUUUUGUUAACUCAGCCGUGCAAUACUUAAUGCAUUUAUUAUUUUUUACUGACACGCGCUCAGGUUUGUUUUGCAGGGAGCUUUUCGCUCGCAUCCCACACAGAGACUGAGAGUAUUAAGAUUACCUGAGGUUGAUACCGGGACAUCUUUUACACAAUCAUUUAAUUUUCCUAUGUGGAUUUAUUUAUUUAUUCAUAUUUGUAGCUUUGCUUAUGAGUUUCUUCAUGAGCACAUGCGUUAUAGUUACCUGGCCUGUGUAGAUAUGAUUAAAUACAACACUAAGGAUAUAUUUUUUUAUUUACUCAAUCGGCUGUUCUAAGUGUGUAGAAGGACACAGAGCUACUUAUUAGAACACAUUAAUUUAAUCAAAAUGUACAUAAUGUAAUUUGAAUAUAUUGAAGCUUUAGCAGUGCUUCAGGGAGACUGAAGCCCGCUUUACACCUGGUGUUAACAUGUGAAAUGAAUUUCGGGGCAUUAUGUGCUGAACGGCUUAGAGAAUUGUGUGGACAUGCAACCGUGAAGUACAGAAUCACUCACCCAGGACAUGUGCUCAUGGUUGGCUCGCUGAUAACGCAGUGUAAAUGCUGCUGCAUUCCCAGUUCACACACAACAAAGGGAAUGCAAAUGAAAAUAAACUCCAUGUAACGACGCUUCGAAACAGCGCUGUUCUCUGAGAAUAUUCCUAGUUGACUCCUUGCUGGCUAGGAGUAAUUACAGAUAAACAUAUUCAUAGUAGCUGUUCGGGUCAUUUGUGGAUUUUUAAAAAAAGGCACACCACGUGCACAAAAAUGCACACACCUCUUCCCAUGCACAAACUGGUAUUUGUAAAGGAAGAAUGUGUGGACCGUGUUCAUGCUUCAGACCGUGACAGACCAUCGUGAGGCAAGCCCGACAGAAUGGAGAGAAGAUGAAAAAUGAACCGAGACAGAAGUGAAGAAAAACAGCCAAUUUGGCUGAGCUUGCAUUCCCUGUUAUCAAUAUAUAUAUUUCCAGCUCAUAAACACAUCAUCAGUAACUUAGCCUCUGCACACCGCCACAGUGGAUUUUAAAUCAACCAGUCAACCUGUGAUUGAAGUGCAGACUUUAAGCUUUAGUUCAAGGGAUUUAACAAAAAUGUGCCAUUAAUAUUGUUUAGGAAUCACUGCCAUUUUUAUAGACAAUCGCCUAUGUAGUUGGGUGGUUGACUGACAAGCAGUUUUAUGAGACCUGUUUCCUGUUUAUUUCAUUCAGUUCUAGAUCUUUUAUCUCCCUGGAGAUGUUCUGUCUGUGAUGGUGUACAGAAGCAAACACUGAAACAUUGUCCAAAUACUUAUGGACCUACAGUAAAUGUAUAUGUACAUUUACAAAUUUCACUGCACAUUGUUAUGUAUGCUAGACUUGAUCAGACCUCCUUUUCAUGUUCUCCUUGUUCUUUCUCUUCUUCGUCAUCUUUCUCUUAUUAUUGUUAUUGUUUACGGUGUAAUAAUUGUGGGUGCUAGCUGUAUAUGAUGGCCUGCUUUCCUCCUGUGAUCUGAUGUACUUUUUGCCUCUUGUUUGCAGUCUCCAGUUUUUUUUUCUGUCUCUUUUGUUUUUACUUCUGCCAGGAUCCUCUGCCCUGAACUUCUAGAGGUGAAAGCUUUUUUUCUCCCAUCACUAGUUUCUCUUAUGGUCGUGAUUCCAGAACUGAGAUCACCAAAUACACAUUUUAAUUACUCCACUACUCAUAUUAGUGUCUCAGUCUCAGAUUUGGGGAAAUUGCACUUCUUCUUUGCUGUGUUUUUUUCAUUGUCAUGUCUAAUCACUGCUGGAUUUAUAUGCAAAUGAGGAAUAAGGGAGGAUUUACAUCCAUUCAUUAUGAAAGCUCUAAGUGGAAAUCACGCACAUGCAUAAAGUUUCGCUUUGAUUGAGAUUUAUAAAAGAGCACCAUGCGUAGGCACGGCUUUACAAAUAUGAGUAAAGGAAAAUAGAUUCACUCGUAAAUCUGCAUAAACUUUUAUGCAUCUGGCUCCUGUCAGAACUAAAGGCCACCUUCAUGUCACAGUUACCACGCUCAUCAUCUCAUCUGGUAAACAUGCCUUUGAGAAAAUGCUCAGCAAACAAUAUAUGUACAUCAAAUUGAAGGACAGAGUAGAUGCUACAAAGUAAAUGCAAGCCGUCUAUGUCUCUAAGUAUGUAGUGAGAAUUCAAGGCCACACUUUUGUGUUAAAUUAGCGCAUUUGUUGUUGCAAAAGUGGUUUUCAUUGAGUUGAAAGAUACUGUGCCGAUGGACUCUUUGGAAAUACCGUAACAUCCAGCAGUAACAGACACAUACCAGUUGACAUGUCUUAUUGUGAUCAGGUUUAGUUUCACCUAAUGUAUUUUGUGUCUCAUAAUAACAGCGUCCAUCUAUUCAUCCUCUCUAUCCAAUUCCUAUUCAGAUGUACUCUGUAUUUGGGGCGCUGAAGCGUGCCACAGCUUGCACAAAGAAACAUACCGGACAGGUCAGUCUACAACAUGGAUAAACACAUUCACACCUGUGGGCACUUUACAGUUUCCAGUUCACCGGGCCUGCAUGUCUGCAGACUGUGGAGGGAAGGAAACCCACAGGAAUACCGUGAGAGCAUUCAAACUCAAUACAACAGCUUCCACAGGCAGGGGUUUGCAACCCACAACCUCAGUGCUGUGAAUCAACGCUGCUAACAACUGAGACAUUUUUGCUGUCAUGUUUUUAUUCUUUAUUGCCAUCCACUGCAGUUGAAUCAUCUCUCAAACUACCAUUCAUUCCUACAGGAUUAAAAGUUAUUUCAGGUCACUCACAUGCUGAAGCGCAGCGCUGCAUGGGUGUUUGAGUGGCUGCGCAUUAACAAGACUUGAAGAAUGUUCCCCAAUCAAGGAGAUUCACGUUUUAUCGGGAAUGAGAGAACGAGAACGGCAUUUGCCCUCGGGGCGAAUGUGUAAUGGGUGUGUUAUAGCAGGUUAGCUAGAUUUCAACCUAGACUAUGUGAGAUAAAUAAUCCCCAUAAAAUAUUUAAUCCUAUCAAGUCAGUCUUGUCAUGCCUCUUAUGUUUUUCUUUCCCUCCCCACCGGAAUCUGGCAGAUUCAUUUAGCGGAGCUUAAAGUUGUCAAUGUCCUGGGAAGACAUGAAGGCAUAAUAAUGUCUCCUGAAAAUGUAAAGUGCACAAAGUGUUUGAUCAGUUAAACAAUAAAUUUCAUUCUGAAAUCAUCAGAGGUGAUUUGAAAAGGCUGUUAGGAUCUUGGCUUAGAUUCUCUUGCCUGUAUACACUGUCAACAGUUGAGCAGAUUUCAGCAUAAUCUUCGCAUUAUGCCUUUUUGUUUACCUCAGGAAGUGAAUUAUAUGCUGACUUGAAUAAAUGUAUCCGGCUUA